AUCAGCACACAUCGACCGAACUUCUACUUUGCGGUAUGGCGCACAGCAUGCUUCCCUCGUUUCCUUUCUUCGACGCGCGUGCCACUGACGCCAAUAACGUCGGCACCGAAUGGUUGAAGUGGGUGAAACGCUUCGAAAACUUCAUCGUAGCCUGCGGCAUCACAGCCGACGCCCGGAAGACGGCCCUACUACUACACUACGUUGGUGAAGAAGUUUAUGACAUUUACUGUUCGCUACCUGAUUCUCCCGCAGCCGCAACUGCGUCUACCGUUUCAAGCACCGAUGGCUCCAGCAACGCAACGCCUCUCUACACCGCAGCACGCAAAAAGCUCGAUGGCUAUUUUGCACCCCGAGUGAACCCUACCUUCGAGAUUUACCGCUUCCGUCAAGCCAAGCAAAUGGAAAACGAAUCACUCGACGCGUUCUACGCCAGACUACGACAGCUAGUUAAGCACUGUGCUUUCGCCGAUGCCGACACCGAAAUCAAGAAUCAAAUCCUCCUGUCUACAGUGUCAACACGUCUACGCCGGUAUGCCAUGCAGCAUGACCUCGACUUGCAAGGAAUUCUCAAACAAGGCAGGUUGUUUGAAGAGGUCGAGCACAACAUCUCUGUGAUCGAGCAAGAAUGUCAGCAGUACAAAGAAAACUCAGCGUCUACACUUGCAGUGAACUCCAAGCGCACCUCGCGACCUCAUCAACCGAAGUACCACGGGAAAGCGCCAUCACGGCCUCGCGAGCCUCCGCGCCAUCAAAGGACAGACGCAACAUGCUACAACUGUGGAAAAUCAUGGCCUCAUAGUGAGGGAUGCUCCAGUUGCCCAGGUCUUGGCAAACAGUGUAAUGCUUGUCGCAAACUUGGACACUUUGCUAGUGUGUGUCGUUCAACACGCAAAACCGUGCAUGCAGUCGUGCGGGAAAGCAGCCCUGACAGUGAUGAACACGUCUUCAUGACUUCCUCUCACUGUCGCCCAAUCACGGCCUCUCCCCAGGUGGAUCUCAAACUCGAUGGUGAGACCGUCCGUUUUACCAUUGACACUGGUGCUACCGUGUCUGUCAUCGGUUCGAAUAGCUUGAAAAAGCGUUUGAGCACGGAAACGCUGUCCAAGACGUCCAAGAAAGUAUUUGCUUAUGGCGCAAAUUCUCCUUUACCGCUACUCGGAAAGUUAGAUGUUCUCAUCACCUACAAGAACAGCAGCAGCCAUGAAACUGUGUAUGUUGUGUCCGGAGACUGUACCCCACUACUUAGUUUCUCUGCAGCUUCCCGUCUAGGACUAGUCCAGAUCACGUACAGUGUGGGAGGGGUGCCAAACAGACUGGAUCCGAGAGUGGCCUACCCAGACCUUUUCAAGGGAGUGGGCUGUCUAAAGGACUUCCAAGUACACCUCCAUGUUGACCCCCUUGUUCAACCACUAGCACAACCUCACAGACGCAUCCCCUUCUCCAUGCGAAAGCCACUGGAAGAAGAUCUUGAAAGGCUACAGUCCCUCGGCAUAAUUGAAAAGACUGAAGAACCAACCCCUUGGGUAUCUCCAAUCGUGGCAGUACCGAAACCACAUGACCCCGAGCAUAUUCGAAUGUGUGUCGACAUGCGCUGUGCUAACCAAGCCAUCCAGCCAGCCGAAGUGUUCCAGGACACCAUCCGUCAGGUUCUAACCAACAUCCCCAAUGUGCUCAACGUAAGCGAUGACAUAUUGGCGUAUGGAAAGACUGAGAAAGAGCACGAUGAAGCUUUGAAGGCGACACUGGAAUGUCUACUUGCAAGUGGCCUCACAUUGAACGUCAAGAAAUGCAAAUUCUACCAACAGGAACUUACCUUUUUCGGGCAUGUGUUCUCAAACAAAGGUGUACAACCAGACCCCACUAAGGUGUCUGCAGUAAUCGGUGCCUCACCACCCACCAGUGCCAGUGAAGUGAAAUCUCUCCUUGGUCUUGUUAACUACUGUGGUUGGUUCAUACCGAAUCUGGCCCACCUCACCCAACCACUCAGGAAACUCGCAGCCAAAGGAGAGGACUGGUGUUGGACAGACAUACAGCAAGAUGCCCUGGACGAACUGAAGAGAAAGCUUUCCGAGGCCACAGCUCUUGCCUACUUUGACCCAGGAAAGGACAUCACACUCAUUGUAGAUGCUGCUCCUCAUGGCCUAGGUGCCAUUCUCACGCAGACAUCCGGAAGCGAAACCAGGGUGGUAGCAUAUGGGAGUCGUGCCCUUUCUCCUGUGGAGGCACGCUACUCUCAAAUUGAAAGGGAAAUGCUGGCUGUAGUGUGGGGAAUUGAGCACUUUCACAUCUACCUGUAUGGGACAGCAUUCCACCUACUAACGGACCACAAGCCAUUGGUCAGUAUUCUCAGCAACCCUCGCUCCCUGCCUUCAGCACGGCUAGAGCGUUUGGCACUUCGAAUUCAACAAUACACCUUUGAAGUGCAACACACUAGUGGUCCAAGCAACCCAUCUGGCUACUUGUCCCGCCACCCAGUAAACUCCACAGAACCAUUUCGGCGCAUGGAGUCUGUCGCUGAGCAGUAUGUGAACUUCAUCGUGUCUCACAGCCUACCUCGUGCCAUGACCAUGAAGGAGGUAACCGAAGCGACGUUAGCUGACCCGGUGAUCAACUCACUCAAGCAAGCCCUAAAGCAACCCCAGAAAGGCAAACAUUGGAAGAACACAACUCUACAGCCUUUCUCUCGCGUUGCGACAGAACUGUCAGUCUCCAAAGAAGGCCUUGUGUUAAGAGGCACGCGGAUAGUACUGCCAGCACAACUUCACACAAAGGCGGUGCACCUUGCACAUCGAGGCCACAAAGGCAUUGUCAAGACAAAACAGCUGUUGCGUGAGAAGGUGUGGUUCCCAGGGAUAGACUCUCUAGUGGACCAGACAGUUAAGAGCUGCCUGGCAUGCCAAACUAACACACCCGUACACCAUCGAGACCCCUUGCCAAUUCAGGAGCUUCCUCAAGGCCCGUGGACAGAACUGUCGUUAGAUUUUGCUGGCCCUUUCCCUGAUGGCAAGUAUGCCAUGGUAGUUGUGGAUGAUUUCUCCAAGUACCCAGUCAGUGAGGGUUUUGCAGAGUUCGCUAGCGAGCUAGGAUUCAAGAAUCACCGCAUCACUCCACGGUGGCCAGAGGCUAAUGGGGAAGCCGAACGAUUCAUGCGCACCCUCAAGAAGUCAAUACUCGCAAGUCGUGUCAGCCACUUGGAUUGGACCAAUGAGCUUCAGUCAUUCCUCCUGGCUUACAGGUCCACGCCCCAUGGUUCCACAGGAAAGUCUCCGUUUGAACUUCUAUUUGGGAGACCCAUGAGGAAUCUUCUACCGACACUUGCUGCUGAUACUCAGAACUUAGCUCACUCUGAGGCGAGACAGAAUGACACCCGAAGAAAAGCAUACAACAAGCAGUACGUCGAUUCUCAGAGACACACCAGUCACAACCAGCUGCAUGUUGGACAACAAGUCAUCUGCAAACAAGACAGGUCAAACAAGUUCUCGUCUUACCAUGACCCCCACCCAUACACAAUCACCAAAGUCACUGGCUCCAAAAUCACAGCGUCCAGAGAUGGAGUGUCGAUUUGUCGCAACUCUAGCUUCUUCAAAGAUGCGAGCACAGUUCAAAUGGAACGACACCAGGACCAGCCCGACAUGCCAGAUCUGGACGAUGCAGCUGUGCCAAGUAACUGUGACCCUCCAAGCCACCGCACAGCUACUCCUGGUGAAGCUCCACCAGCAACUACCAAGACCGCCUCACAGCGGUACCCCCAACGAACAAGGCAACGACCUGAGCGCCUGAAAGACUAUGUGUGA